GCGCAGGGGCGGGGCCGCGCGCCGCAGGGAGGGGAGGUGGGCAAGAUGGCGCCGGGUGGGUGAUUCUCCCCGGGUCACCCAGCGGUUGCGGAGACACCGGGGCGGAGGGUGCGGCCCCCACUGCCCGCCUUCCUCCUCUCCCUCGCCCCCGGAGGCCUAGCUUUUGCUUCCUCCCUCCACCUCGGGGGCGGGCUGGAUUGUCGGGACACCAUGUCGGACUCCGAGGAGGAGAGCCAGGACCGGCAACUGAAAAUCGUCGUGCUGGGGGACGGCACCUCCGGGAAGCUCGGUCACACCUGCGCCCCGCCCCUUUCCCGUACCUGAUGCCUGCACUGCACCUCGAGCUCCCAGGAGCUUUGCCCAGGAAUCAGAUGCCUUUGGUGAUUAUUGGGGAUCCGCCACUCACUGGUCGGGUCACUGGAGGCCACGUUUCGAGCCUGCCUGCGAUUCCUCCACCUCCUUAGCCACAUGUUUUGCUCAAGAAACUUUUGGGAAACAGUACAAACAAACUAUAGGACUGGAUUUCUUUUUGAGAAGGAUAACGUUGCCAGGAAAUUUGAAUGUUACUCUUCAAAUUUGGGAUAUAGGAGGGCAGACAAUAGGUGGAAAAAUGUUGGAUAAAUAUAUCUAUGGAGCACAGGGAAUCCUCUUGGUAUACGAUAUUACAAAUUAUCAAAGCUUUGAGAAUUUAGAAGACUGGUAUACUGUGGUGAAGAAAGUGAGUGAGGAAUCAGAAAUUCAGCCACUGAUUGCUUUGGUGGGCAAUAAAAUUGAUUUGGAGCAUAUGCGAACAGUGAAACCUGAGAAGCACUUACGAUUUUGUCAGGAAAACGGUUUUAGUAGCCACUUUGUCUCAGCCAAGACAGGAGACUCUGUCUUCCUGUGUUUUCAGAAAGUUGCUGCUGAAAUCCUUGGAAUCAAGUUAAACAAAGCAGAAAUAGAACAGUCACAGAGGGUGGUGAAGGCAGAUAUUGUAAACUACAACCAGGAGCCCACGUCAAGAACUGUUAACCGGCCUCGGAGCUCCAUGUGUGCAGUUCAGUGAGCGCGCUUUCCUUCUGUGUGGAUAAUGCUGGCUGCCCUCCUCCUCUGAGUGGGCCCAGCCGUCUGCGAACUGGUUUUAUCAGUGACCAUUGCCAUAGUGCAGUUCGCACUUUGCUCCCAUCACUUCAUCAGUCAGUGUUGCCUCAGAGCCGCAGGCAGCUCCUCGGACUGCAAAGAACCCAACUUCAGGGCCACACACUUGGAAAUCAAAAUGGGACAGCCCUUCUCUGGAGUUAGAUUGCAUCAUUGAAAAAGUAUGAUGGUGGUUCUUUAUAUCCUUGCUUCUUUUUCCCUGAUGUAAACUUUUUAAGCCAAAUAUAAAACUGCCCAGGUCUUUAUCGUCAGCCAGGCUAUUGUCACUGCACCGUUUAAUUUUCUUAUCUGAAUUCAUGUAUCUCAAAAUAUACUUCAGAGUGCAAAUAUUGAAAUAAGUAAUAUAUUUUCCCUACAGUUACUUAACGGGGCAUUCUUUUAUUGUCUAUUGUGAGUGAAAACAUAUAAAGCUGUAUUUAACUGAAAAAUGCUUGAAAUAAGGUUGUAAUAGAAAUAUUUUUUCAUUUUUAAAAAGGGGGCCUAAAUUGUUUAUAUUAUAGCUUGUAACUCACAAAGUAGUGAGUAUUUGAUAUUGUAUUUUUAUUACUGUAUCAUGGUCAUUGCAUAUUGUAUUAUACUCAGCUUAGAUGGCUUUAUGAAUUUUAAUAAAUGUUCAGCUGAUGUUC